GGUGAGGUAACUUACCUCGUACAGUAAGUGGCGUUCUUUGAGAAGGGUGCCCCUAUGGGUGCUCUCCUUCCCCUCUGCUUUGGAAUCUUGCUUCUCGGAAAUGAGGACGGUUCACCUAUGCAGCUCUGUGUAUCUUCGGUAUGGGACACGAGGGAUUCUAGAGUGCUCGUGCAGGCCGGACAGACACCGCCGCCAAAAAUCUCGGGUCACAGAUGCAUGGGGUUCAUGUGCACAUGGAGUAUGGCACCCACAGGACACACUUCUUGAAGAACUCCAGUUACUGCACAAGGGCCUCGGACAGUGAUGUUAUCUAAGGAGAAUGCAGUGACCUUGUUAAUAUCAACAAAGCAGGAAGCUCCUGGUCUUAGUUAUAUCAGCAUCAACCCGGAUGCCCAAUGAACUUUUGAAGAGCCCAGCUCUGCCAAUGCAGUCUGCGUUCCUUAAAGCCCUGAUAGUCUGUAGACACAGGAUCCAGGAGGAAUUUUCAACACACUGAGAAACAAGGAUGGUGGUCUGCAUGCUGUUGUGGUGGAUUCUAAAAGGGCUUACCCUGUCUUUCCUGCUGAAAACGACUCUGUCCUUAAAUCCAGAUGAUCCCAAUGUUUGUAGUCACUGGGAAAGCUAUGCUGUGACAGUGCAGGAAUCUUAUGCUCACCCUUUCGAUCAGAUCUAUUAUACGAGAUGUACUGAUAUACUGAACUGGUUCAAGUGCACUAGACAUCGAAUAAGUUAUAAAACAGCAUAUCGAAGAGGACUAAGAACAAUGUAUCGGCGAAGAUCUCAGUGCUGCCCUGGAUAUUAUGAAAGUGGAGACUUCUGCAUACCUCUCUGCACAGAAGAGUGUGUGCAUGGAAGAUGUGUAUCUCCAGAUACCUGUCAUUGUGAACCAGGCUGGGGAGGCAUUGACUGCUCCAGUGGAAUGGCCACCUCUGGAGGUCUGGUUGAGCACAGCAUCACGCCAGCAGAGCCUAGUGGAAACUGCAGCUACAACAGUUGUGAUAGCGAUCACUGGGGACCACAUUGUAGCAACCGCUGCCAAUGCCAGAACGAGGCUCUCUGCAACCCUAUCACUGGCGCCUGUGUCUGUGCAGAUGGGUACAAAGGAUGGCGCUGUGAAGAGCUCUGUGACCCGGGGACUUACGGGAAAGGCUGCCAGUUUAAAUGCCAGUGCCACAAUGGAGCAACCUGUGACCAUAAAACAGGAGAAUGUCAUUGUGCUCCCGGCUACACAGGGGUAUUCUGUGAAGAGCACUGCCCUCCAGGCAGUCAUGGAGCUCAGUGUGAAUUGCGCUGCCCGUGCCAGAAUGGGGGAGUCUGUCACCAUAUCACCGGCGAGUGCUCCUGUCCUCCUGGAUGGAUGGGUUUUGUAUGUGCACAACCAUGCCCUUCCGGAACCUUUGGAAUUAACUGCAGCCAGGAUUGUCCAUGCCAUAAUGGAGGACAGUGUGAUCAUGUGACAGGAAAAUGCCUGUGUACAGCUGGAUAUAUGGGAGACAGGUGUCAAGAGGAGUGUCCUGUUGGGACAUAUGGCUUUCAGUGCACUCAGAAAUGUGACUGUCAAAAUGGCGCAAAGUGUUACCACGUAAAUGGAGCAUGUAUGUGCGACCCUGGGUUUAAAGGGUUUCGUUGCCAAGAAAGAAUGUGUCCAGAAGGGCUUUAUGGCCUAAAAUGCCACAAGAAAUGUCCUUGUAAUAUUAACAACACUCUCAGCUGCCAUCCACUCUCCGGAGAAUGUACCUGUAAAGCUGGCUCGGCAGGACUUUAUUGCAACGACACCUGUCCUCCUGGAUACUAUGGCGAAGGCUGCCAGCUGACCUGCCUUUGCCAGAACGGUGCAGAUUGUGGUAGUGUGACAGGAAAAUGCACCUGUGCUUCAGGAUAUAUGGGAGACGAUUGCUCCACGGCUUGUGGGGCCGGAACCUACGGAGCCAACUGCUCGUCAGUGUGUAACUGCAAAAAUGAUGGUGCAUGUUCCCCCGUGGAUGGCUUGUGUCUUUGCAAAGAAGGAUGGCAGGGGGUUGACUGCUCCAUUCCAUGUCCAAGCGGAACUUGGGGUCUUAACUGUAACCAAACAUGUUACUGUGCCAAUGGAGCAGCCUGCAAUCCAGUGGAUGGGUUUUGUCUUUGUUCGCCUGGAUGGCAAGGAGAGUACUGUGAUCAGGCAUGCCCUGAUGGAACAUAUGGUCUUAAUUGCAGUGAACACUGUGACUGUAGCCAUGCAGACGGGUGCGAUGCUGUCACUGGUUAUUGCUGCUGUCUUGCUGGGUGGACAGGCAUCCAUUGUGAUAAUGUAUGCGCACAGGGCCGCUGGGGACCAAACUGCUCCAUCUCUUGUAACUGUGAGAACGGGGGAUCCUGCUCGCCAGAGGAUGGGACUUGCGAGUGUGCGCCAGGAUAUAGAGGACCCAUGUGCCAGAGAAUUUGUUCACCUGGCUUUUAUGGGCAUCAUUGCAGUCAAGCAUGUCCCCCGUGUGUGCACAGCAGCGGGCCUUGUCACCAUGUUACUGGACGUUGUGAUUGUUUGCCUGGAUUCUUUGGCUCACUCUGCAACCAAGUGUGUGCCAGUGGACGGUAUGGGAAGAACUGUGCUGAGGUCUGUCAAUGUACCAACAAUGGCACAUGUAAUCCUAUUGAUGGAACUUGUCAAUGUUUUCCGGGAUGGAUAGGGAAAGACUGCUCUCAGACUUGUCCAGCUGGUUUUUGGGGACCAGAUUGCUUUCACACGUGCAACUGCCACAACGGAGCAAUGUGCAAUCCUUCCGAUGGAGAAUGUAAAUGUACCGCUGGUUGGACUGGGCUCUACUGUACUCAGCGUUGCCCAGCUGCCUUUUAUGGAAGAAAUUGUGCCAAUGUUUGUCAGUGUCAGAACGGAGCAGAUUGUGACCACAUCACUGGGCAGUGCACAUGCAGAACUGGAUUUACGGGCAAACAGUGUGAGCAAAAGUGCCCACCUGGAUCAUUCGGUUAUGGUUGCAAACAGCUAUGUGAAUGCAUGAAUAAUGCUACAUGUGAUCAUGUCACUGGUACAUGCUACUGUAGUCCAGGCUUCAAAGGAAUCAGGUGCGAUCAAGUGUGUUAUGAAUUAUUUUUAACAGCGGCUCUUAUGAUGGAAGAAUUAAAUCCCUAUACUAAAAUUAGCCCCGCUCUCGGAUCAGAGAGGCACUCAGUGGGAGCAAUCAUUGGAAUUAUUAUUCUCCUUCUAAUUAUUAUGGUUUUGCUGGCACUGUUCGUGUGGUAUCGACGGAAACAGAAGGAGAAGGGGCAUGACAUGCCAAGUGUAUCUUACACACCAGCCAUGAGGAUCACUAAUACAGAUUACUCACUUUCUGAUGUAUCUCAAGGUAGCGGCAGUGUACAUUGUUUUUCCAAUCCAAGCUACCACACUCUGUCAUGUGGUGUGACUUCACGCUUCUUUACCAAUAAUCUGGAUGGAAACAGCUCCAGUAAGCUCAGUAACAAAGUCCUUGACAGAGAAACUGCAGACCGGAGGCCGUACAGCUAUCUGAAUGAACUAGGUGCUUGUGGGAUGGAUAGACGUCAGAACACAUACAUAAUGGAAAAAAGCUUCAAAGCGGGGGCAACUGGGAAUUCAGAUAUUUUGCAAGUCCCACCAUUGCACCGGGCGUGUUUCAUAGAUACCAGGAUCUGCCUUUGUACUGUAAACCAGCACAAGAAAAUGCCUCAUCUUUCAUUGCAUCGCUCUAGUUCUAAAUUAAUGGCAAUGCACAGCAGCAGGACUGCACACAGCAGCAAUGAGUAUAUGAAAGAAUCUGUGUGUAGUUCAAGCACCUGCUCUCUGAACAGCAGCGAAAACCCAUAUGCCACCAUUAAGGAUCCACCCAUCUUGACAUGUAAACACUCGGAGAGCAGUUAUGUGGAAAUGAAAUCACCCAUUCACAGAGAUUCGCCCUAUUCAGAAAUGCCAACCUCAUCAACGACUAAUAAAAAUAUAUAUGAAGUUGAGCCCACUGUCAGUGUGGUCCAAGAAGCCCGUGGUCGUAGUGCUAAUUACAACCAGAAUCCAUAUGACCUGCCUAGGAACAGCCACAUUCCUAGUCAUUAUGACCUUCUCCCUGUAAGACACAGCCCUACCCAUGGGGCACCUUGGGACAAGCAGUCUUAAAGGGAUACACUUCGCUGUCGCAAUGCUGCGAACAUUCUCUCUGACUCAAGGAAAGAAACGAAGACAAUCCUUUCUGGUUUUGCAAUACGCUGACAUGACUUGAAAUAGUAUUACACAAGGAACCUAACCUAACAGAACAUUUGUUUGGGCCAACUUGCUGCUGCAUGAUAUGGAAAAAGAUGUUUUUAUACAGAUCACAGAAAAAUAAAGAACCAUCAUCUCCA